UCCCUCAGCCCAAUAGUUCGCUAGGGCGGUGCUCAGAUCAACACAAAUAAAAGAAGAAAACCCGUAUGCCGUGUAACUGGCUCGCUGACUAGCAGAAGGCUUUAUUCCUUUUCUUUUCUCGAAGAAUGGGAUAGCACAGCACUCCCUUCAACGGCUGCCCUCGGCAACCCACUGGUGACGGAUGGGAGCACACGGCUGCGGAAAUACAAAAAAAAAUCAUUGGAACUGCCAAGACUCUUUCCAACUCAGCUAGGUGGCUGGCGAAGGAAAUCGAAGACUGAGCAAAUAAUGGGUAUGGCUCGAGAGACCAAAUUGAGAAAGCAGUGAUGAAACCUAUGGGCUCAAAGGGUCAUCGUCAUCGGAGUUGGAUGUUGGGUCGGGGUUAGUGGUGGGGCGGAUAGGGAUAGUAGGGAGGUCGGAAGUGACGAGACAGAGAGGAGAGUGAAUUUCGGUCACAACCAGUAAACUUCUACGCUGGGUCAAAUUGAAAAGUGAAGUGUUCCCAGCUAGUAAACUUCACCGGAAAAGAUGAAGUGAAUGUCGAUCGAUUGGUCAACUUUGGGAAUGAAACAAUCUGUGAGUUCACUUGCCCCAAUAAUCUUUUGGACAUUUUUGCCCAUAUCAGAAUAUUUAUUCAACUCAAGACCCUUGUAACCGGAUGAUUCACCGCUAAAAUUCGGUAAAAUGACUUCGCUGGUGCGUUUACGUGAGUUUAGUGACUUUUUUGGCUACAAAAAAAGUUUGAUGACCAAAGGGUGCCAUUUUAAAUAGUUAAGUGACCAUUUCGACCAUUCACUCAUAUAUUUACACCCUUUCUCUCAACUUAAAAAAAAAAAAAAGAAAACUAAAAAAAAGGGAGAGAGAACCCGAACCAAAAAAGAAAAAGGGACAAGAAAAAAGCAAAAAAAAAAAAUAGAGUAAAGAAGAGAAGAAACGCUGCACUACUUCCUCUGCAUCUCCGCCUACGUUCUUAAACCCUCACGGAAGUUGAUUUUGCCACAUUUUGUUCACCCAAUUCAACCAACAUUCCUUCCCAAAAUGGCCAAAAAAUUUCUUGUUUCAGAGAAAAUGUGUCUGUGUUAAUUAGAUUUAUGGGGAAAAAAGGAGGGAAAUGCAGGCUAUGGUGGCCAGCCCAUCUUUCCUCAACCCUUCAACCCCAUUCUCCUUCCCACUCCUUCACUCUUUUCUUCGGUUGGUUCAUUUCUUCCCAGUCCUCCUCCUUUUCUUCUUCGGAGCCCUCCCUCGAUAUCGUCGUCGCUUUUGGCUUGGAGGAUUCUGCACUUGUUUCUUCUUCUGUAAAUCUUCAGGAAAUUCUUCAUCAAACAGAUGGGAACAUGCCUCUAUCUCUACAAGAUAAAUGUACACUUUCCGUGCUGGGUUAUUGUGAAGCAGAUUCAAGUGGCAAUGGUCAGCCAGAAAUGAAUUUAACUAAAACAGUUACUCAGACGUGCUCAACUGAUGGUGGGAAAACCUUCCCUGGUAGCCAGAGUGUAGUUGUGGGCAAGAAUGGAAUUCAUGCAUGUGGAUGCCACAAGGUUCAUGCAUUACUGGAACAGCUUAGGCUGGCUUUUGUACAAAAUGAGAACUGGUUCCAACUUAUUUCUGGUUUUCCUCAAACUACAGGUCGAAAAUUGCAGCUCAUUCCAGAAUUGCAUCACCUGCAUUGGAAUGGGGAAACCAUUUCUCAGUUAGAUCUCCACGUUAUCAUUUAUGAAAUUCCAAAAUUUAGUAGCCACCACUAUUCACUGGGUUCUCGGAGUUUGUCUGAGAAGAUGAGAUCUUCUAUCAAGAAACCCCAAUGGUUUGAAGAUCUCAAGCAGAAGAAGCAAUAUCUUGAUCUGGACACUGUCAUUCUGGCUAUUAACAGUGCUCAUGCUGCUAAGAUCCUUUCAGAAAGGCAGCUGCCUGUGAAGAGUUGCGCUGGUCAUUUCAAGCCUUUAUGGAUGUUUCCUACCUUUACAUGGAAAUUUUUUGCUGCACUUGUGGCUUUGCUUGCAACUUCGGUUUACGUCAUCCUUCAGUCUUUCCAUAUCCUUCUGAGUUACAUGUCAUGUAUAGGCAUAGAUGUGGUGUUAGUGAGAGCAUUCAACAAUACAUGGACGAAUAUUGGCAUACGCUGCUCCCAGUUCCUCUAUUGGCCAAUCUUACUCCGAGGUCAUGGUCAUAGGUCUGAAUCAUGCAUUGAAUAUUCAGAGAAAGUGGCAUUACGCAGGCAUUCCAUCUGGUCAUGUCUAGUGGUUGAUGUUCUUCUUGGAAACUUAUUUGGCAUUUCAUUAUGGUAUCAAGCAGAACCUGCUUGCCUAUUCAUUUCAAACUUUGCUGUUGAUGUCACAAACUAUUUGCUGCGUACCGGAUGUGUUUGGCUAAUGGGAAAUCCAGCUGGUUUCAAAUUAAACACUGAGCUUGCUGGAGUACUUGGCAUGAUAUCUCUGAACACGAUUCAAAUUUGGUCUACACUUGGGUCGUUUAUGGAUUUUUUCCUUGUACCAAUUGCUAAAGCUAUUUCUCUAUGUGGGAUUCUUUUUGGUUUCACCACAGCUGCUGCUCUGAUAAUCGACUUGAUUUCACUCGUAACAAGACAUGUUUUCGUCCUUCAUUGGAUACUCUCACUUGUCUAUUCACAGCAGAUUCAGGCAUUGGCAGCUUUAUGGCGUCUUUUUAGGGGAAGGAAGUGGAAUCCUCUUCGCCAGAGAUUAGAUAGCUAUGAUUACACUGUGGAGCAACAUGUCGUUGGCUCUCUUCUCUUUACACCACUCUUACUUCUAUUGCCAACCACCUCUGUCUUCUACACAUUCUUUACCAUCAUGAACACAGUCAUCAGUUUUAUCUGUGUAGUAAUGGAGGUCAGCAUAUCUGUUAUUCAUACUACCCCAUAUAACAGCGCCUUUCUUUGGUUGAUGCGGAAGAAAAGGUUUCCUUCUGGGAUAUGGCUAGAAAUUGUAUGUCGUCAACAUGGAACAACUGUUCCUUCAGUAAUUGAUCCCCUUGAACUAAACGGCUCGUUGUCGAAGAAGUCACCAAAAAUCCCAAGAAGUGGUGGUCGUAAAACACUUGUUCUGGUUUCAGUUCUGCACAGCAACUACUUGAGCUUAGGUGAAUUGAUCUGCCCAAGCUACAGAUACAUCUAUUCAGUUGUUUCUAGGACAGCUAUCAGCUCGUCAGCGUAUGGUAUUCUAACAGGAAAAAGAAUUCUAUCUGCUCCAGGGACUACUUAUCCUUCAAGAUUGCCAUGGAUGGCUCUGCCUUACAAAAUAUACUGGCGCCUUUGCUUUGAAGCAGUCUUUGCAUGUAGAUAAAAUUGGCACUUCAAUUCCCCAAUGAUCAAGAGACCCCUUUUCGGAUUUAAAUGCUACUUGGUACCAUUCGAUUGAUUAAUUUGGCAUACAGUACCCCAAUGUUCUCAGCAAUGGCAAGGAACCGAGUCGUUUAUCCAGCCCCAUUGCAUUAAUUUUGGAAGCUUUAAUCUUGAUGAGGAACUAACUAAUCUUUCGUUGAAUGUAAAGUUUUGUGCAGAAUCAAUGUAUUCAAUUCAACUCCAAAGCAUGCUCUUUAUAUACUUUUAUUGUUGCUUAUAACUGUUAGUGAAGGUAUCAAUGCAUAGCACUUCAUGUGCCUAUGUUGUCUGCAUGGCACUGGCUUGAUCUUGGUAGGAAAAUCAGAUUGUUAUUAGCAAAUGGCAAUAAUAAAUAAUUUGGGUUUUUCAGGAA